AAGCUCGAUUGAUAUCUGCUGAGUUGACAGGUUAGCUUCAUAUUCUGUGACAUUCGCAUUUUACACCAACUGUUGAUGUAGAUCUUUUUUUCAGUUUUAGCGUUGCUUCACAUUGCUAGGAGGUUGGACGAAAACAAACAAACAAAUAACUUGCCAAUUCUCCACAAUUGUUAAGCGUAUUUGACAGGGAAGGUAAUAGCACAGUUCUAAUGGGCGAAGAUAUUUUGUCUUGCCCGUCAAAGUCCAAAAAAAGAAAGUCGGCGCUUCAGUGCACCGUUUUAACCAUCACACCGAACACAAAGGUCCCGAUUGAAAAACACACUUCAGUCGGAAGGGGAGAGACAAGCAGAGAGGUGAGAAAAACAAACAGAGAGAACAAAAUAUAACCUCGUUUUGUUCGAACGCUCUCUUGUACCAUUUACUUUACUUUUUUGUUUCAUACUGAAUGAGCUGGUUUGUUGGAAGUGAUUGAAGUACUAAAGCAAAUGCAAUCGCAUACUGAAUCUCAGACGAGACCGUUCCACAAGUUGGUGUUCAAGCCACAUACUCAAAAGAGAACCAUCAACAAGCAACUACUGGCAGAACUCGAUGCUCAACCUCCUCAGAAGACUAUAGCUUGUCAAAGAUGUCGGAAACUUCGUAAAAAGUGUUCAAAACACUUACCAUCCUGCUUCACCUGUGUCAAAAUGGGCGAGAAGUGUGAAUACAGUGACAGCAAAGCUGUGGAUACUUCAAACAUUCAACAGCCACAGCAGCAAAGUGCACAGCCACAGAAUUAUCACUUUCAAAUACGGCCGCCACAACAAUCGGUGCCUCAGCUCCUGCCCUCUUUGAAAGAUCAAUUGAAUAAUACCCACAGUUCCAAGGAUGUGAAUCCGUCAUCGGCAGUGUGUGUUAAUGACAACAACAAACUACCGCCAAUACGACUACCACCUAUUAACCAUGCUCAAUUACAGCACGUUCAGUUGAUAUCUCAACAGCAGCAAAAACAACAGGAGCAAUCGAAAUUGAAGAAGAGCCAAAGGACAGUUGACAUUCAAAAUGCCUUGUUAUCUACCUUGAUCAACUUGGGAAAGGAAAACCUGUUACCAACAGAACUAGACUCAGAACCUUUGAUGAUACCACGAGAAGAUGCCUUGAAGUACACUGCAAAUUUCUUCGAACAUUUCUAUACAUUAGUACCGUUUUUGCACAAACAGCAGAUAUUGAAAAGCUUCCAAUCAGCCAAUCUGUUCAACAUUUUGAACCCUCCACAAAAUUCUACACCAUUAGAAAUGAGAAAAUCCUUCCAAUUGUACUUGAUUUUGACCAUUGGGUUCAAGAACAUGUCCAAUAGUAACCUUUUAUCUAAAGGGGAGAUUGAGUCUCACUCUCGUAUCUUUUCAAUAAGACCACUAACAGAGUGGAUAAUCAGGUGUAUGUCAUUCCGAACGCACGAAGAUAUUGAGUGCAUGGUGCUUUUGGUUAUCGAUUCUUACUUCACCAAAAACUGCUUAUCAACGUCGAACAUCACUAAUUUAUUGACCGGGCUAAUUCUCAGAUACCAUUACCAUAGAAAGUUAUCAAACAGGGAAUCGAAGAACUAUUCAGAGCUAGCAAAGGAACAGAGGUACAGAUUGUUCUGGUCUACGUACAUCAUUGAUAGAACAGUUGCAAACUAUUUGAACAAACCUGUUACUUUGUCGGAUGAAUUAAUAUCUACGCCAUUACCUUCACAGUUAUCAUUGGAAGACUUCAAAGACGAACAAGGAUUAACUGAGACCUUGAGACUGAUCAUCAAACUGAAACAACUGGAGGGUGAUAUCUUCAAUGAGGUGCACUCCGUUGCGGUAUUGAAAAAGAGGGACCUGAGUAUUGCUGAAAAACAAGACCAAGUGUUAACACCUCUCCGGAACAGAUUGGAUGAGUGGCUGUUUAAUACAACAGGUCCACAGGAACUCUUGAAAUCAAGGUUGUAUUUUUCAACAAUGUAUUACAACAGUUUAACCUUGGUUUACCGUCCUUCAUAUCUAAUUCCACAUCCAGAGGGUGAUUCCAUGGUUAAGUUAUCCAAGUCUGUGUUGCAAAAUCUGACAUACACCUAUAACCUUACUCUUUCCAAGAGUUUGUUCAGUGUGAACUGGCUUACAUUUUUUAGGAUCUUGGUGAUUUUCAAGACAUUAUUGAGAUGCCUACAGCACGAAUAUAUUGUUCUAGAGGAGAGCAAAACCGAGAUUAAUCUGUGUGUGGAGAUUUUGAAGAAUUUCGAAAAUGAAAAUAACGCUGAUUGGUCUUUUAUUAAGGAGAUCACACUCAUUUUUCAAAGAUUGUUGAAGUUGUCAUUCCAAGCAAGUUCUCGAGAGGAAGUAUCUCAUGAGAUCUCCUAUGGCUCUUCGAGACUUGAGGACAUCUUGAAGGACAAUAGCGUUGGCUGUCGUCUAGAUGACCGUAUUGAAGAAGAAUACGAUGUAUAACUCUGUGUAUCUAUAUAGCUCUAUAACACUAUUUUGUAAUAUUUUUACUACUCAGUUCUGUUUACUGCCUGGAUUACAAUUCAAACAUGCAACGCCUGAGAACACGC